AUGAAAUCAAAUUUCAUUACCCAAGAUAUAUGGGAAAUCAUUCAAGAUGGUUAUGAACAACCCAAAGAUGCCAAUGAAGAGGCUUCUUGGGAUGACACUAAAAAGUGUCAAUACAAGCAAAACAAAAGAAGGGAUCAUUAUGCCCUCUCUAUAAUAUAUCUUGGAGUAGAUGAGACGAUCCUACCAACAAUCAUGACCGCCACAACGGCAAAGGAGGCAUGGAGCACUUUGGAGACAAAAUAUCGAGGCUCGGAAAAGGUAAUACUCUUCAAACUACAAUCUUUAUGGGGUCAAUUUGAUAGUAUGCAAAUGACCGAUAAUGAGUCAAUUCAAUCAUAUACCGACCGAGUCUCAAAUAUUGUUAACCAAAUUCGAUCCAAUGCAGACACCAUUGAAGAUGUUAAAAUAAUUCGGAAAAUAUUAAGAACUUUAACCAAAAAAUUUGAUCAUAUUGUGGCUGCUAUAGAUGAAUCUAAUAAAGAUUUAAGUUCACUCACCAUGACUGAAUUAAUGGGCUCUUUAUUAGCACAUGAAGAAAGAAUGCGUAAAUUUGAAGAGCAACCAAUUGAACAAGCUUUUCAGGCUAAAUUAAAAUUUUCUAAUAAUGGAGAAAAUAUAAAUGGUCACGGUAAAAAUUUUCAACCAAAAAGGACAAUUUUAACAACCGUGGUGGGGGGAGAGGAAAUCAUAAAAAUCAAGGGAGCCGAGAUAACAACUCUUAUUGCACAUUAUGCAAGAAAAACAAUCAUAACACAAGAGAUUGUCGGUACAAAUGCAAAAGAUGUACACGACACUCUCAUUUUGAAAAAGAUUGUUAUUUCCGAAGAGCAAACUGACACAUGGUACAUCGAUAGUGGUUGCUCCAGCCACAUAACCGGAAAUAAAAAUUCAUUUGCUAAUCUUGAUGAAAAUAUAAAAUCACAAAUAACACUUGGUGAUGGGAGUAACCAAGUAGUUGCCGGAAAAGGAACAAUUGUUGUUAAAACAAAAAAUGGCUCCUCUAAAUUCAUCCCCGAUGUAUUUUAUGUCCCUGGCUCGCACAAAAUUUGUUAA